GCCUCUGUCAAUCGUCAUCACUUUAAAUUUGGGAGUUGUGAUAGAAACUUAGUUGUUAUCUUUGAGAGUUAAUUCUUAGAUUUUUGUAAUUAUAUUUGUUAAAGGGGAUUAAUUAGUUGUGCAAAACUUAAAUUACCAUUUUUAGUGAUGGGUGAUGAAAAAAUAUUAUAUUUAAAUGACACAGUUAUUAAACACAUUUUGACUUGGGACACUCUUGUUCCCGCCAUAGAAAAUAUGUUGUACGCUGGAAGUAACAGGGAGGAAACUGAUACUUUACAACCUCAUAGAAUAUCAAUGAAAAUACCAUCUAAACCACAAGGAAGUUUGCUGUUGUGCAUGCCUGCUUACUGUGGCAAAGAACACGCAUUUGGCUGUAAAGUAAUAUCUUCUUUUCCGCAAAACAAAGAGAAAGGAAUUCCAAGCAUAAAUGGAUUAGUUAUUCUUCUGGAUACUGAAACAGGUAGAUUGAAAAUGAUAUUGGACGCUAUCGAGAUCACAGCCUGGAGAACAGCUGCUGUAUCUGCCGUGGCCACCAAACAUAUGCACAAGGGUGAAAAGAAAAUCUUGGCAAUCCUGGGAGCCGGAGUGCAAGGGAAAAGUCACGCCUUAGCUAUGUACAGUAUCUUUAAGUUCUCGCAGGUGAGAAUUUGGAACCGAACAUCUGAACGGGCAAAGGCACUCUGUGCCGAACUGGGACCAUGGGCUGUGCCGUUUGAGGACAGAGAGAUGUGUGUUCGUGGAGCAGACGUCAUUGUCACCGUAACGUUUUCAACGGAGACCAUCGUCGAAGCAAAAUGGCUGAAGACUGGUGCCCACAUAAAUGCUGUUGGAGGUAUGCGAGGACGCUAUGAGGCAGAUGUGGACGUGUACAAACGUGCCACAAUUGUAGUGGAGUCGCUGGAACACGAAGAUGAAGAUUUCAAAGGGUUGCAUGCUAUGGGAGUAAAGCCGCUCUGUGAGGUUGGGGAACUUAUCAAAGGAACUCGCAAGAUGCCAGACAAUAAAGAAUUCUCUGUCUUCCAUUCCUUGGGCAUGGGACUUGAAGAUAUCGCAACAGCUGAACUCAUAUAUAACCAAUAUAUGAAAAGAAAUGAGAAACAACUGUUGUAACUAAUGACUUUUUGUCAAUGUUUGUUUGUGGUAUACCUUAUAAUCACUGGGUGUUUUAUGUAUUCUUGAUGGGUUAAGGCAUAUUUUAUAAAGGUUGGCUAAGAACGUCUUGUUAACAACUUUCACUUUUGUUUUCACUUUUGACGUUUUUUGUUUGUUGUAAGAGAUCUAAAAUAUUAUAUUUAAUUAUGUCAAACAACUUUCGUCACACACAGUUUUGAAAAUGUGAAUUAAUUUAUCUGAGAAAACCGUGCAGGUUCAAAAAUACAAAGACAUACAAUACAUUAAAAUUUUUACGAGAAAUGAGAAAAAAUAUGAAACAUGGGUUGUUGAACACUCGGAACAUGCUGAACUAUGGUUUGUUGGUAUAGUUCAGCAAACACCUACAAAUAGAUCAUGUAUAAUGUUAGUAAUCAUCUAAAAAUAAUGUGACUUCACUUUAUAAAUAAAUAUUAACUUGUGGGAAAAGUAAAA